UUUGUUUCUUUGAGUUCCGCGCUGUGGAGCGACGUGCUCCGCCACUAACGGCUCCUGACGGAGGAACGGAGCCGGAGGCGGCCGGAGUGGAUACUGGGACCAAGGCUUCCGCCUCCCUGCUGGCCUCAGGGAUGAGCACAGCGGCAUUCCCAUCUCCAGCUGCCGAAAUGGCAGAAAUGAAUCGGAUUCAAUAUGAAAUUGAAUAUACCGAAGGGAUCAACCAGAGAAUGAGAGUUCCAGAAAAACUCAAGGUAGCACCACCCAAUGCGGACCUUGAGCAAAGUUGUCCUGAAGGAGGGCUCCCAUAUGCCAGCGUAACAAUGCAGGUGCCAGAACGGAUUGUAGUGGCAGGUAAUAGCGAAGACAUUCCACUUUCUAGGCCCCCAGAUCUAGAUCUUUUACAGUCAACUACAUUCAAAUCUCUGUCACUGAAAACACCUCCCCGGGUUAUUUCACUUAGUGAUCGUCCGCUAGAUUUUCUGGACCUAGAAAGACCUCCUCCUCAAACUCCUCAGAAUGAAGAGAUUCGGUCAGUAGGAAGGCUGAAAAGAGAACGUUCCAUGAGUGAAAAUGCAACUCGUCAGAAUGGCCAGUUGAUGAGAAAUGAAGCAGUUGUGACACCAUCACCUCAACAGGUUCGUGUCUGCUCUCCCCAAAAGUUUUCUGAAGAUGGACCUAGUCUUUAUUCUGCUCGGGGCAUUUUGUCGCUUAUCCAGUCUUCUACUCGUAGGGCUUACCAGCAAGUCUUGGAUGUGCUGGAUGAAAACCGCAGGCCAGUGUUACGUGGUGGGUCAGCAGCUGUCAGUUCCUCUAGCCGUCAUCAUGAUGAAGCCAGAUAUACUCUUUCAAAUAUAGACACAUCGUUAGAGGGAGCAUCAGAAGAUAUGACAGUUGUGGAUGCUGCUUCUUUAAGACGACAGAUAAUAAAACUUAAUCGCCGCCUACAACUUCUGGAAGAAGAAAAUAAAGAGCGUGCUAAAAGGGAGAUGAUCAUGUAUUCAAUCACUGUAGCUUUCUGGCUACUAAAUAGUUGGCUUUGGUUUCGGCGCUAAAAAUAGCUUCUACAUUUAAAAAGAUCUGACAGUGGGGAAAUACAAAAAAAUUACAAAGCCCUUUGUUCCUGUCUCUGAAUUGUAUGGUGACUUAUGACCCCAUGCACUGGAAACGUCUGCCACUGUAAAAAAAAAAAAAACCUAAUAUAUUACAGUGUUAAAAGGA